AUGUACGUACCAACUAUUCCUGCACAUCUUCGAACUCGUCUGGUGUCACAUGGACAAAGGGUCUGUCAACUUUAUAAAGCGGUACUCUAUGAUGUAAAGGCGAAACACUCUUCAGUGCUCAAAUAUCGAUAUUAUGCUGUCUUAGCACGAGCACGUUUCGAGGAAAACAGAAAUGUCAAAGAUCCCAUGCUAGCUAGAAAACUGUUGGAAGAUGGAUGGGAGGAACUAAAGUUGACGGCAACGCCAUGGACUUUUACCUAUCCAAACUCACCGUUGGGUGCGGCUUAUGGUAGGGAGACUUAUUUUAAUGACUGUUCAUAUGAUGCGUGGCAUCCACUUGAAAAACAACAAUAUCCUGACUUCUUUGCAAAACGGGAAAAAAAUAAAGAGGAAUUUAUGAAGGAUUGGGUAAAACGUUAUGGUCCUAUUGAAGAGUAG